UGAUAAAAAGUCAACAGUGAUCCAGCAAAACACCUAACGAUAAUUUUAUAGAGUGUUAAAUAUGACAAAAGUUUUUCCACUUAUAUAAGUACCUGUCAAGUUUAUUAUUCAUAAUUAUGAAUUACCAAGUGUAUGAUAGAGGGAAUGCAGAAAAGGAUAACGCUGACCACGAGGAACGCCGUCAGCAUCUGAGCCAGAGAAUCAAAAGAAGAGAGUGUAUAAACGGCGGAGGACGAAACGACGUGAUACACACGCAACGAUAUCUCUUAAAUCACUCGGUUUGAAGGCGAGUAGAGCCUCGGCGAAGGAUACCAGGGAGUUCAAAAAUGAACAACUAAACGUAAACGAUGGAUUUAUAAGGGGAUGCGGGAGGCCUGCCGUUUUCGACGAUUCCACACUCGUUUGCCAAGGACCGAGAAUUAAAGAUGAAAUGGAUCCAUAAAGUGUAAAAUGGUCGGAGGGGAACAGAAGUCCUCACUUGGACUAACUCGUAGUCCAGCUGCUAGUAAAUCGGGCCCGUCGACUUUUAAUUGACAGGAAUGUUUAGCGGAGUAAUGAACGCCCGUCCGUCCCGUCGAUAAGAGAAAGAGAGAGAUCAGAUGAGAUGAGAUGGGGAAAAGAAGAGGACCCAGAGCUGGACCUGGACCCGAUAUGUAACAUAUAACAUAUAUAACGUGCGUUGUUACUGAGGAUUGUUGGAUGCUGGAUCCAGAAGCCACGUUUUGUUGAGUUUGUUUAUUUGGUUAGUGACAAGUAAGGCGCAAUCGGCACAUAAAAUUGUAGGAGUCUUAAUCUUAAUCGAGGCUGCCGGGUGGGUGCUUUCAACUACUCCGCACUCUGCAGAAAGGGAGGAUCGUCUGAAAUAGUCGCGACAGAUGUCUCGAAGGAAACAACAAGCGCCGCAACGCAUGAAAUGUAAGUAGUGGUCUCCAAUCGUUUGAAAAGCAAGCGGCCGAUUCGCCGCGCCGGACGGAAGAUAUGCGCAGCAAGCAGCAACCGAGGCCCUCCUUCCGGUGGCCGCAACAACGCGGUGAUAACGUUACCGGGGAAGACGGUAUCGAAGGUUCGGGACCUGGUACGGAGCUCCAGGCUGAAGAAGGAGAAUGUGUAGAUGAGGAUGGCCCUAUAAGUCCCAAUGAAAGAAAUUGCCCACCAGCAGCAGCCAAAGAGGAUGACGAAGCUGACGCUACUGAUGACGAAGAUUCAGCACCUAGUCCAUCAACGCCCCCACCCUCUGUCUCAUCAAGGUUAAAUCCUAUUGCCCUCCGAGAUACUGGACCUCCCGACAGGGAGCCAAUGAGUCCACGUUGCCCCUCAAGAGACUCUAGGGAAUCAUCUGGACCUGCAGCUGGAAGUCCCCCGCCUCUGGUGAAUCGCAGUAGUGCGAGUCCACUCAGCCCCGGCAGUAUAGUGCCUCUGGCAGGCCACCCUCUACUGCCUUCGCAUUCCGCGGCCGUGAUGGCGGCCUACAUCCAGCAAACCCACCAGCGACUGUUACUGGGCCACUCACCGCUCUCAGCAAGAGGCUCAGUAUCUCCCCUUGUCACCUCCUCGUGUUCGCCUCCUGCCGCGACUCCUGGUCUUCUCGUCUCACCCACAAGUGGCGAUGUGUCGCCCACCGCGACUCCACUCCCUGGAGUCUUGGAUUUUAGCACGCGGAAAGUUUCUUCCGAAGAUGAAGAAGAGCAUAUUCUGAACCUGAGCAAGCCUCCUACACCCUCGUCUUCCAGCGAAACGAACAAUGGGCCCCUUGAUCUCUCGGUUUCCAGUCGAAAACGACCGACUCGCGAGGAAGAUUCUCCGCCUCCACCUCCACGGAAGUCGUCAAGACUUGGAACGAUAGCUUCAGCACACCAAGAAUCUGCAUCUGCAGGUGCCUUCGGUAGGCCGCCGGUAGUCUCACCUUGGACUUCUCCCGUCGUAGCAUCUCACUUUCCAUACUUUGCUGCUGCAGUUGCGGCGGCUACUAGUCAGCAACAGCUUUCCCCGAAGAGCACGCCGGGUAUUGUCGACCAUCACCAGUUAUGGAACGGGAAAAUGAAACCUCCAGCAGCACUUGACAAACCGUACCAACCUAGUGAAGCCACCAAGGCGCUAGAGAAAAUGAGCGAGCUCAGCAAACUUGGUGGAGAUGAACUUUACAGGCCAACCGGUGGCGUAGGAUCUGGUGGAAGUUCUACUGGAAGUACGCCCAGUGGUGCUUCAGGAAGUCGUCACAGUGCUUGGCAGUCCCAUUGGUUAAACAAAGGCGCUGAUCAGGCUAAAGACGUCCUCAAGUGUGUGUGGUGCAAACAGAGUUUCCCGACACUUGCAGCAAUGACCACGCACAUGAAAGAAGCCAAGCAUUGCGGAGUCAACAUGCCGGUACCACCUCCAUCAGGGUUACAUUCUCACGCUUCUAAUCUGCAAUCGCUUCCGACUUCGCAGCAUCAACAGCAACAGCAACAACAUCAACAUCAAUCACUUAAUAGCUCCGGAAGUAGCAGCAACAAUAGCCACACGACACCCAGUAAACAGAGUCCAUCGGAAUUGAAUUUGCUGAUUAAGGAGACAAUGCCUCUUCCAAGGAAACUUGUUAGAGGACAGGAUGUUUGGUUGGGGAAAGGCGCAGAGCAGACGAGGCAGAUUCUUAAGUGUAUGUGGUGCGGACAAAGCUUCCGAUCCUUGGCGGAGAUGACCUCGCAUAUGCAGCAGACUCAGCACUACACGAACAUUAUUUCCCAGGAGCAAAUAAUCUCGUGGAAGUCAUCUGAUGACGGCAAGGGAGGCAGCGGUCCUGGAAGCGGAAUGGGAAGCGGUGGAACAGGUCCUGGUAGUGGAAUGCCACCAAGUGGAGGACAGCAUGGAAAUACUCCUGGAGGUCCUGGAAGUGUAGGUGGAGCUACCAGCAGCCAUGUCAGUGCGGUGUUGACUUGCAAAGUAUGUGACCAGGCGUUCAGUUCGCUGAAAGAACUGAGCAAUCAUAUGGUGAAGAAUUCUCACUACAAGGAACACAUUAUGCGUUCGAUAACCGAAAGUGGCGGGCGUCGAAGACAGACUCGCGAGAAAAGGAAAAAGUCCCUGCCAGUGAGAAAAUUGUUGGAGCUUGAGCGGGCCCAGAAUGAAUUCAAGAACGGAGAUACUACAACUGGAUUAACACAUAGUUUAGUGAAGCACGCUGGUCGAAUAACUUGUGAAAAGUGCGGGGACAAGAUAGAAACGUCUGUGUUUGUGGAGCACAUACGGCAGUGCAUCGGUGCUGGCACCGUUGGAAUAAACCAGCGUAACUUCUUGAAAUCCGCGCUGAUGUCGAAUAACAUGUCUCAGGUGUUACCUGUCAUUGAGAGCGGCCGGAAAAGUGUCAAUGAAGACGCCUCCUCAGUCUCCUCUCGACAUCAUCGAUCUCCCUCCUCUGCGAGUGACACCACUACUCCGGGGAAAGACACUCCAACUCCCAGUGCCAACGAGUCAACUACCACAUCUUCACCGUCGGUAUUAAAUGCUAUCGAGAAGUUGAUCGAAAAAAGCUUUGAUUCUCGAGGUCGUCAUGGGGCUACUGGGCAUCAUCAUAGUCAGUCUGGGGCGCCGAUUGGAUCCAGCAUUCUCAAGCGUUUGGGAAUUGAUGAAAGUGUAGACUACACUAAGCCGUUGGUCGACCCGCAGACGAUGAACCUCCUCAGGAGUUAUCAGCAGCAGCAAUACAAUGCUGCCGCGAUAGCAGCGAGACGAGAAAGAAGUGGCAGUGAAUCCAGUUCGAUAUCGGAACGGGGAAGUACUCGCACCGACACGAUGACUCCCGAAAGACGGCUGGACCUUUCUGUCAACCAGGACAGACAUUCCUCUGCUUCUUCGUCGCAUCGCCAUCGUUCACCGGAAAAACAAACGACGCCAAGCAGGCAUUCAGUUCCCGAGGAAUCUGGUGAUGAGGAAGUUGUUGUCAAAAAAGAGCCUAAGGAUGAAGACGCUGAGCCGUCUGCUCCUGAAGAAGAGCCGCCCAGAGAAGUUGUUGUCAAAAAAGAAGUCGAAGAUUCAAGAGAUGAAGAAGAACCAACAACUCCUUACAAUUGUCACGGGCAAAAUAAUACAGAGACUGCUUCCGAAGAACCUAGGGAACCUUCCCCCCAGUUAAACCCGCCAACCCCGCGAUCCACCGGUACUGGAGAACAGUCCCACAACCAGGUGGCGCGCAGUCCUUGCAGGAAUAGUACGAGCAGUCCAGCUAGCAGCGAUCGUUCAGUGACACCUCGUGGUACUCCUGACACCAAAACUUCCAGUAGUCUAGGUGCUUUGUCCUCCAUGUUCGACAGCCUCUCGGGUGGGGGCGGCACAGGAGGCAGUUCUGAGACCCAGGGGCGUAAAACUAGCAGUCAUCCGUUGGCAGCUUUGCAGAAACUUUGCGACAAGACAGAAACACGCGGCCCAGCAGUAGCCAGUGGUUCGAGGUCUGGGCACAGUUCGUCUCAGCAACACGCAAGUGGCAGCACUAGUACGGCAACUUCCAGUCAAGGAGCGGGGCCAACUCCUGGAGCGAUUUUGGCCUUCAGUUGGGCCUGCAACGACGCAGUGGUCACGGCAGACUCUAUAAUGAAAUGCGCAUUUUGCGACACGCCAUUCAUUUCUAAAGGUGCAUAUAGGCAUCACUUGUCAAAGAUGCAUUUCGUCAAAGACGGCAUGAUCCCUGAUCCGUUGACGAUUGGACGUUCUGCCGCGGCGGCAGCUGCAGCAGCUGCGGCAGCAUUAGCGGCGAGUCAACCAUCGUCAGGUGGAGCUAGUACCCAUAGCGGAUCUUCACCACCCAGUUCGCAGAGAAAGUCUCCACCUGUUCCGCAAGCGAAUGGAAGUCCGUCUCAGGCGGCAACUUCUCCUCUGGAGGAGAGUCCGCACUCAAAGUUUCUCAAGUAUACGGAGCUGGCGAAGCAAUUAUCCAGCAAAUACGUAUAGUCCGAGCCCCGUAAGUAGCGGUGCCAUUUGUACAUAAAUGUAUCUAUAGUGUAAACACAGCUGACCAAUCGUGGUCACGUUUUAAUAUUAUAAAAUAAAAAUCUAAAUUAAAAUAAAAGUAAUAUGAUGUAUUAGAUAGGCAGUAUGUCUCCCUGUCCUGUUUUAAAUAUUUUCGCGCGUUAUACGACUCAUCUUAAGACUGACUCGAGAUACGUCACGUUGAAUCGUUGCAUUGUUGUCACAACGAGACUAUCAUAAACUAUUUUUAAAAAUCUUAUUAUUAUAAAUAUAAAUAUAAAUAUAAAUAGAUGAUAAUUUGGCUUUCCACAGAGUCUCUCUUCAGAUGCUGCGUAACUCGCGUCGAGUCUUGUCAUUCCUUACUGUCGCGUACGAAUUGCUAGAAUUUUUUUUUCCUGGAAAAAUUUUGUAUCGGGAAAAAAAGACUGGCUAGGGUAGUUUUUUAGUGCGCUCAUCUUUUCUACUGUCAUUAUUUUACAUUUAUUAUCAUUAUAUAUAUUUAAUAAUUUUCUCCGUCCUCGCAAUUUUGUUCUUAGAAUUCAUCAAUAAUCAGCUGGAUCGCUUCGUAAUUUGAUAUCUGUGACAAAAAAAGCUUUUUUAAGAUGUUUUUUUUUUUUUUUUUUUAAUAACAUUCUUUCUGAAAUUUAAAUAAUCAUAAUCUUAUUUAUUAAAUUAAAAAAAAAAUUAACUUCUUAAUUUCCACGAAAAAAGUUGUUUUAGAUACUCCAUUUUUUCAAAGAAAAAAUAAAUGAUUAAAUCAUGCAGAGUUCUAUAAUAAAGAUGUAAUUCUUCUAUAAAAUUUUGUCACAAAUAUACAGUCACUCGGAUCCAACUAAAUAAAUGUCAAUAAAAACAAAAAAGUAUUACCUGUACUUAGGCUCCAUUAAAAAAUAAAAAAAACUAUUAAUUAGGAUAAAAUCCGUAGCAUCGAGGAUGGAAAUCGAUAAAUUUUAGUGAAGACUGUAAUUCAACAAAUGACUACCGAUGUGACUGAUACAGUUAGUUUUUUAUUUUAUUAUCAUUAUUAUUACUAUCAUUAUCACUAUUAUUAUCUACUUAUAGUUACAAUAAAAAUUGCAGCUACAAUAAUAAUUAUAAUUACAAUUACAAUAACAAUGUAUACUUAAACGCGACUUGUGACGACGACGGUUCGGACUAAAGACUCAGGAUGUGUAUAAUAGUGUGUGCGUGUUCGAUAAGUUUCAAGUGCGUUAAUUAAUUGUGAUGCCACCAUAUCUCGCGGCAGUGCUGAGCCACACAUAAACACACACGCACACAUACACACAUAUUUACACACGAUAAUAACAUAUGACACCGAAAACAGGCUCAGCGGCCAAGUUUGUGAUGUUUAUAAUAAAAUACUUAAGCAAUUAAUGCUCGACUCGAUUAAGUCAAAAUAAAAUGUCAAAAACAGUAAAUAAAAAUAAUUAUUAAUAAAAAUAAAAAUAUUAAAUUUCGAGAAUAAUUAUCACGUCGAAUGACCGUCAUGUAUACCACCUUAGAUUAAGAGUAGGUUUAUUAGCUGUAACUAGCAGUAGCGCCUUUGUAUGAAGAUCUUGUAUGAAGAACGAUAAAACUGAGCAUUGUUUUGUAAAAAUAUUUAAUACACUGAUAGAAUUUAUUGAAAAAAAAAAAAAAAUUAAAAAAAAAAGAGAUGUUCUCUUCGUUGUUCAUUAUGUCUCUUGAAAUUUUAUUUUUUUUUUUUUUUUUUUAUAUUUUUCAUUGCUCCAUAAAAUGAAACUGUAUACCAUGCGUUAAAUUGCGCAAAUUAUUUAUUAAACAUUUUCAAGUGGUACAAUGUUUUAUUGCAUUGAAGUUAAUAAUGAUUAAUUUUUACUUUUUGUUAAAAAAUCAUCCAAAUAGUCAAUUUAUUUGUGCCGCUUGAGUUAAUAAACUUUUAAAUUUCUCACUAAGAAAAUUAAAAAUUUUCGAAAAUUGAAAAGUUAUUGUCCGAUUUUUUCAAUGCAAAUUUUUUGUAAAUGUUUUAGCUUGUUAAUGAACCACUUAUUAAUAAAAAAUAAAUUUUUCUAUCAGUGUAAAAAGAAAAGAUGAGCGCACGGUGCAAUACGCUGUGACGGUUUAUUGUCGCGAUUAGAUGUUUAUUAAGGCUAUCCGCCGAUUACAUAUUAUAUAUUAUAUUGUAUUAUUAUAAUUAUAAUUAUUAGUUAUUAAUAAUAACGAAUUUUUUUAAGCCCACGGCACUCGUGUAUGGAACCAUUGUAAAUUUUAUUUGUUUAAAAAAAUGUAUUUAUUGCGCCAAUCGAGCCGACUCGUGUCAUUAUAUGUAAAAUAUUGUCAUUAUUAUCAUUCGUAUUAUUGAUACUGUGUAUAUUGAUUCAAUACAAAUUUUAAUUAUUAUUACUAUUAUAAUUAUUUUUAUGAUCAUUAUUAUUAUUAUUAUUAUUAUUAUUAACGAUAAAGAUACAGAUAAAUAAAUGAUUAAUUGAUUAUUAAUGAUUAAUUAUUAAUAAAGUAAAUGAUGGUAAAUAAUUAUGCCGAACAGUGAUAUUGGGUGAAAAGGGUGUGGGUGGAUGCGUGAAUGGAAUCAUAUUAAUAGAGCAGCAAUGUAGAAAAACUUAAAAGUUAGGUAAAUAUGUGCGAGUGCGAAAGGAUGAGUGUUGAUGAUGGUUUUUAAAUAGUCGACAUAAUAUGCUGGAAAAUAAUUAUAUUGUAUGGUAAAUACCGAUUACUUCGGGCAAAGAUAUAGAGAAAAUAAAUUAAAUAAUAUUAAAUAAUAAAAUAACAAACACUUGUAUACGUAUUCCUUGUAAACUGUAAUAAUUCUUCCAUCGCGGACUUUUAAAGUAUUUAUCAAUAUAAUAAUUAAUAUUAAUUAUUAUUAUUGUAAUUAUAUACGACUGCUGAGAGUGAGUGAGAGAGAAAGAUAGAAUGAGUGAUAAUUUUUGUUCUUUCGUGAGCAAGUUACUAUACGAGGUUCGAUGGCAUCCAGCGAAACACUAAAUACUUAAAAAAAAAAAAGAAAAAAAAAAUAAAAAAAAAAUACCA